AUGCAUUCUCCCCUCUCCCUUCUCACUCUCAUCCACCUCCUGCCACUCACCCUCACCCUCACCCUGACUAUCGCCGCCCCAGCCCCUGCUCCAAUCUCCCAUCCUGAACCUGCAACCUCCGCCAUCAACACUACCGCCGUCUGCACUGACAUUAAAAUCAUCACAGCCCGCGCAUCCACCGAAUUACCAGGCGAAGGCGCCAUCGGUGCUCUCGCUGCCGCAAUUCAAUUCGCCACCUCCCAAUCCGUAACCCGUACCUCGGUUUCGUACCCGGCUCUGCUCCUUCCAUAUGCGCCUAGUGUGGCGAGUGGAGUCGCGGCUAUGAAGGCCGAUUUGAUUGCGGCGGUCGAGGCGUGUCCUCAGCAGAAAAUUGUGCUUUUGGGGUAUUCGCAGGGGGCGGAAUGUAUUAGUGAUACUCUAGCGGGUGGUGGAGGCGGAACACUGGGAGCUAAAACUGCUGCUGUGGAUUUCGCGAAAUAUGGCUCUCAUGUCAAGGCUGCCAUCAUGGCACCUGUUUCCAAAACGGACUUUUUCCCCGCUCCAGCGAUCAGUCGCUGGCUAGCUACAGCAGUAUCGCGAAAUCAUACUGUGAUUUUGGGGAUCCGUUCUGUUGCUCUGGCUUAA